AUGCAAAAGAUAAUAACGCCUGAGCGUAUCCCAGAAUCUGCUCUCCCGCUUCCCAACAAGCAAGCGGGGAUUGGCCACAAUAGCUCUACUGCCUGGGACUAUUUUCACAUCAAUUCGGUAACCAAGGGCAUCGACGGUCACUAUCUUGUGUCCGCGCGUCAUGCCAGCACCAUUUACAAGAUUAACAGCACAGUUGGCAGUGUCAUCUGGCGACUAGGAGGGUCGCGGUCCGAUUUCGCCCUGGGCCUUAACGUAGAGUUUGGCUUCCAGCAUCAUGCCCGAUACCUUGAUCAGAUCGACAAAAACGGCGUGACAAGGAUAACGCUAUUUGACAACGCCAUAUAUGGCUCUGAAAGUGGCGGUGGCGGUGACAAGGAUGUGCGGAUAUAUCCCUACUCCCGCGGCAAAAUCCUCAAUUUGAAUCAUGAUACUCGCUGUGCUUCCCUCGAGUCCUCGUUUAUUCCUCCUGAUCUACUGCUGGUGAGAUCACAAGGCUCACUGCAAGCCCUUCCCAAUGGGAAUGUCUUUAUAAAUUGGGGCUCAGAGGGAGCGAUAACCGAAUUUUCUUCCGAUGGAGAACCUCUCUACCACGCAUAUCUGGACUCCCAACCGCUCAGUCGCGGCGAUGUGCAGAACUACCGGGCCUUUCGGGCAAACUGGACGGGCAUUUCCAGUGAAGAACCCGCUGUGGUAGCCUUUCAGCGACAUGGGACCGAUUGGGACAGCGGUGGAACCGAUAUAUACUUAUCAUGGAAUGGGGAUACAGAGACGGUCAAAUGA